AUGCGACUUGCCUUGCUGUGCAUGCUGGUGGUGUUUGCUGGUGUGAUUCCAGCCCAGGGCGGGAUACAGGACCUGAGCAAGAUGAUCAGACGGGUGACGGGGAAGAGAGCCAUCUUCUCCUAUUUGUCCUAUGGCUGUCACUGCGGAUUCGGGGGCAAAGGCCAGCCCAAAGAUGCCACAGACUGGUGCUGCCACACCCACGACUGCUGCUAUGAUCACCUGAAGCACCACAAAUGCAAAGUUCACUUGGAUCGCUACAGCUACGAGUUUUCCCAGGGGAACAUCCAGUGCUCUGACAAGGGGAGCUGGUGUGAGCAGCAGCUGUGCGCCUGUGACAAGGAGGUGGCGCUCUGCCUGCAGCGGAACCUGGACACCUACAAGAACCACCUGCGUUACUACUGGCGGCCCAGGUGCAAGGGCCAGACCCCCACGUGUUAG